AUGCCGCCGAAACUUUUGUGCAGUAAGUGCAAGAUUGAGCGGGCUGCGUUGAAGCGCCCCCGCAACGGCCAGCUGCUGUGCCGCGAGUGCUUCUUCGAUCUCUUUGAGACAGAGAUCCAUGAAACAAUCGUAAAGGAGCAGCUGUUUCGUCCAGGCGACGUCGUCGCCUCUGGUGCCAGCGGGGGUAAAGACAGCACCGUUCUCAUUCACCUCCUCGACACUCUGAACAAGCGGUACAAUUAUGGCAUUCACAUCGAGCUGGUCAGCAUCGACGAGGGCAUCGUCGGCUACCGCGACGAUAGCCUGGAAACGGUGAAGCGCAACUCUGCCUUCUACGGGCUUCCCCUGCACAUCCUCUCCUAUCAGGAUAUCUUUGGGUGGACGAUGGACGACAUCGUGCGUGUGGUGGGGCUGCGCAACAACUGCACCUUCUGCGGUGUCUUUCGCCGUCAAGCGCUGGAGAAAGGGGCGGUGCUGGUGAGGGCGGACAAGAUUGCGACCGGACACAACGCUGAUGACAUGGCAGAAACAAUUUUGAUGAAUUUCUUACGUGCCGACGCACCGCGGCUGUCGCGCUGCACGGGCGCCGUGAGCACCGGCGAGGGCAUUCUCCCACGCGUGAAGCCGCUGAAGCACGCCUAUGAGAAGGAAAUCGUCCUCUACGCCCACUUCAAGAAGCUCGACUACUUCACCACGGAGUGCACCUACGCGAAGGAGGCGUUUCGCGGGACGGCGCGCACCCUCGUAAAGGAGUUGGAGGUGCUGCGGCCGCGCAGCAUCGCGGACACGGUGUACAGUGGAGAGCACCUGGAGGUUCAGGCGCAAGACGCCGUGCCGACUAGUGGGGCGCCGAAGCCGUGUGCGAAGUGCGGCUACGUGACGAGUCAGCGUCUGUGUCGUGCGUGCGUGCUUUUGGAGUCGCUGGCGAGGGGAGACCCGUCGGCGGCCCUGCACCGUACGAUGGUGUAG